CAGUUGCACCUCUCCUUUCUUCCUUCUCCUCGUCCUCUCCUGUCCACAUUCUACCCCCUUCCCACACAAAAUCUCUCCAUUGAAGAUAGUUAGAUUUCCAUUUGACCCUUUUGUCAUUUAUUCACGAUACACAAAAUCCCAUCUUUCAUUUUUUCCCAACCAAAAAUCAUGCUUAGAUAAUUGAAAAGAAUAAAUACCUGAUUUUUUCCCCCAACCCAAAAAUCCCAUCUUUAUAUAUACCCCACAUGAUUUCCCCCUUUCUUCUUCACAUCAAACCCUAACAAGUACUAGCCUUCGCCCCUUAUUUCUCUCUAUCCCUUUAACAUGUUAUAGCCACCCAUUCAUUAUCCCACGCCCUAUAAACCACAAAAAGGGGGAAAAAUCCAACCUUUUUUUUUCCCAUUUUUUCCCAGGUUUUAGACCGAACCCAUAUCAUGGCAAUUGCCUAUCCACAUUAUUUGAGUUCCAAGAGCGCACGAAAAUCCGUUGAGCCACCGUUGGUGGUGUCAACCCAAUCAUCGUCCUCGGCUCGGUCUCCGGUUAAUAAUUUGACCCAAGAUGAUCUCAAGAAGAUUGCAGCCUAUAAGGCUGUUGAGUUUGUCCAAUCAGGCAUGGUUUUAGGCCUUGGGACAGGCUCUACCGCCAAACAUGCGGUGGAUCGAAUUGCAGAGCUGAUGAAAUUGGGGAAAUUGAAGAACAUUGUUGGGAUUCCCACCUCGAAUAUGACCAGGGACCAGGCUGUUUCCUUAGGUAUUCCUUUAUCUGAUCUUGAUACUCAUCCUAUCAUUGAUAUGGCCAUUGAUGGUGCAGAUGAAGUUGACCCGGAUAUGAAUUUGGUUAAGGGAAGGGGAGGUUCAUUGCUGAGGGAAAAAAUGGUGGAAACUGCGAGUAAGAAGUUUAUUGUUAUUGUUGAUGAAUCCAAGCUUGUGAACCACAUUGGUGGGAGUGGAUUAGCUAUGCCUGUUGAGAUUGUCCCAUUUUGUUGGAAAUUUACUCUUAAAAGGCUUGAAAUGUUGUUCAUGGAAGCUGGUUGCAUUGGAAAGCUGAGGAUGUUUCCGGGAACUGAGAACCCAUUUGUAACUGAUAACGGCAAUUAUAUUAUUGAUUUGUAUUUCAAGAAGGAUAUUGGUGAUUUGAAGGCUGCCAGUGAUGCAAUUUUGAGGCUUGCUGGUGUUGUUGAGCAUGGGAUGUUUCUUGAUAUGGCUACUACUCUGAUUGUUGCUGGUGAGCUUGGGGUAAGUGUGAGGAAUAAAUGAACUUGAAGUCAAAGCUGGAGGUAGUUUGCCAGAUUUUAGCUUUUAGCUGACACAUUAGGAUAUGUAGGGCGGUCGGGAUAUUAUGUCUUGAUUGAAUCGGGGGAACUUUUGAUGGUUAAAUUUAUUAAUGUAGAAGUGGGAGUUUUAUCACUGCUCCUGUAUCAAUUCUUAAGACAUUAAAGUUAAUGAAUCCACAUUUUUCUGAUUGAGAAA